CUAACGUGCGAUAAGAUAAGCCCCGCAUCAAAAUAUUUUGAACGGGCCAAAAAAUCUCGACCCCACCACGUACCAGCCCAACCCAAGCAGUCGCAAACCAAGACGAAGCACGUCAAAGUCACGGAAUCAUGGCAGACUACGAUAGCGACUCCUCUGAACAGGAACUGACCGAGACUAACGUAUUGCUCGGUUACGCUAGCAAAGAUGCAGACGAGGACACCAUCAGCCGUCUUGGUGGCCAACCGGACUGGCUAAACUCCGAAAUGCCUGCCUCGUCUGCCCUCGCUCGCUGCAAGAUAUGCAACGACAUCAUGGUCCAGCUUCUUCAGCUCAAUGGCGAGCUUCCCGAAAGGUUCCCUGGCCACGAACGCCGCCUCUACGUCUUCGCGUGCCGCAGGUCGACAUGCCGGCGCAAACAGGGCAGCAUCCGCGCUGUGAGAGGUGUCAGGAUAUCCAAGGACGCACACACGGUUGGAGCAAAGAAGGCCGAAACAAAGGCUCCGAAGAAAACGGUCGAGGAGGAGCCCAAGAAAAAUGAUGGUCCGGGCCUGGGUAGCGCGCUCUUCGGCGGCGGGGGCGGUGGUAGCUCGGGCGCCGCCAAUCCGUUCGUUAGCAACGCAAACCCGUUUAGUACAGGGGCCUCUUCGAGCAGUCCCUUCAGUAAUGCCGCCCCAUCGUCGAGUCCCUUCUCCAAGCCCGCCGCCGAACCUCAGCAGCCCGAGCAAAAGAAAGCCGAGGACACGGCAGAAUCCCUCCCCAAGACAUUCGCCGAGACCCUCAACCUCAACAACCCGCAGGCAUCUUCCGGCACGCCCCCUCCACCGGAGCCUUGGCCUCCGGCUGAUGCCCUGCCGAAGGCUUACCCUAUUUCUUACCUCGCGGAUGCCGAGUUCGAGACCCUGGACCCGGAACCCAUGCCCGUGCCGCAGAACGCGCGGAUGGAGGUUGAUAACGAGGGCGGUGCUGGUGCCACGGGCGGCGACAUCAAGGACGUCUUCGAGUCCUCCAUGGACGCCGUCUUCCAGAAGUUCGCGGACCGCAUGGCCCAGAACCCGGAGCAGGCCAUCCGUUACGAGUUCGCCGGCGCGCCUCUACUGUAUUCCAAGGCCGACGCCGUCGGCAAGUCGCUCGGCGGCGGCGGGCGCAUGCCGAGGUGCGGCAAUUGCGGUGCCGGACGGGUGUUUGAGGUACAGAUGACGCCGCACGCCAUCACGGAGCUCGAGGCAGAGGAGCUCUCGCUCGAGGGCAUGGACUGGGGCACGAUCAUUGUGGGUGUCUGCGAGGCGGACUGCCAGCAGAGAGGCGUCGAGGCCGGUGAGGCUGGCUACGUGGAGGAGUGGUGCGGUGUUCAAUGGGAGGAGCUCUCGAAGCGAUAGCGUUGUCUCUUUUUUCUUUCUUUUUUUUCACACAAGAGAGGAGCGGAAAAGCAGGCAAAGGUUUUCAUAGACGUUGAGAAAAUGACGGAAGAUUCGUACGACAUCUUGAAUUGUGUGGCAUGUCUCAUAUUCAGGGAUAUACUCUAUGGUUCCCCCAAUUCCAAAGUCACAGUGAACGCCGGUAAUUUUGCCGCCAUGCUCUCUUCCAGCCUUAACUCCAUUUACAGAGCUAUUAGCAGCUAAGGGGAAUGUGUCACCCUUGCCCCCCUUUCAUCUCUCUUCCUCGCACCUGGAAAACCAGCAGCAGUCUGUUAUGUACUGAUCUGAUUCCUUC